UGUGGUGACAAAAGUUCUGUUGGGUUCUGAUCAGAAUCUCUCAGAAGACACCUUCAGACUCCAAGGCGGAGCUGGGUGUUAUCAGCGGGAUGUUCCAGUCCUUUCCAGCCACCUGUAAGGACUCAUUGUGACGCUGAGGCAAAGGAUGUCGGGUGACUUUUUGAAUCAUAGAACACACAGUGCGGACAUUCAAUGAAAACCAGACAACACAUUGUGAGCAUUAAGAAUGCCAAGGCCAGGCAGCGGAGGACCACAGAUGUCAGCCCACACCAUCAUGAACAAAGCCGACUUUUCAGAAGAUACGACUUAUAAACAACAGGAGGACCUGCCUUAUGAUGGGGACUUCUCCCAGAUGAAGAUGUGCACUUCUUACAACUUUACCUUAACAAAUGGCACCUUUCCUGUCCCAGUGGAAGUUGUUCUGGCAGGAGAAGACCCUCAGGACGUGGCUGUUCACUGUGAGGUGCGCCUGAACACAGCUCUGCCCGAGACUUGGGAUAAGAUGAUUGAACAUGUCAGCAACAGGCACGAGAAAGAUAAGCAAUGUGCCUUGGCUUCUCCUGUUCCAGCUGAUAAAGCAGAUACCUCAAAGUCCCGAGUCUCAGAUGUUUCAGUCCAUCAUCUCUCUGGAGAGCAAUUCUUCAGGGGUCAAGACACUGGCUAUGAAACUCUCCUGGAGACCUCGAAUGCCGAAAGUCUUGAUGACUCAAAUAUUCUUACAAAUAUCACUUCAUGUUAUGCAAAAAAUUAUCGCCCCAAAGAACAAACCCCAGAAUUCCCUGGCCAGCCCAUUCCCCAAGAUGGUUCAGCAAAUAGCAGCAAGGCCUGCUGCUGCCCUGGCAUGGAAGGAGAAAACACCUCUCCCUUGGAAAAAGCAGUGACUGCUGGGAAGCGCCACCAUCAGGAAGAGCCAAGCUUUCUAACCAGAACUAAAGGACCAGAUGAAAAAUAUAAAAGCUGCCUGAGGCAGACACUUCAGAGACAGCUUCCUGACAAAGCAAGUUCUGGCGACUGGUUCAGAUACGGCCAGGCUCAAGUGCACUACCAGUUUCCAGAUUUUUCUAAGGUUGCUCCCAAAGUGAAAAUCUCUAGGAAUACUGUAACUAGUAAACCACUCACAAUAGCCAACCAAGUCAGCCAUUCUAGGUUGAGAAAUAAAUCAACAGUUGUGCAAGAUAAUUUAGGAAUCAUGUCUGGGUCUGGGUCACAUCGGAUUGAAAAACAGCCAAAGCAAGAAUGGGAAGCUAUUGAACCUUUGAAACCAAUCCAGGUGCAGCCUGCCGAGCAAGCCUGCCAAGACCCUCUCACAGGACUUGAACCUGAGAAAUGUCACUUGAAUUUGACACCAACACCUCAAAAAGAUACUUUCUCAAAUCCUUACAUAUUUCAAAAGAUCUCCCAAGGAAAACAGAUGUGCCAGAAACUGAAAGAACAGACUGACCAACUGAAGAAUAAGGUACAAGAAUUUUCCAAGAGAAUAAAACAGGACUCUCUUUGCCGUUUGCAAGACAUAAGGCCGAUGACUAAGGAGCAUGCUGGCUGUCUUCCAGGGUCCUGGGACUCACAAGGAAGUGAGGUGACAGGGCUGCCAAGGGGAGGGCCACAGGAGGCCACCUCCAAGGAGCUCAGUGAGCUAGCCCCGAAGAUGAAACAGAAAAUGGAGAAAAGGGGCCACAGACCGAACAACUGUGGGAAGUUUUCCAGUAGCAUCCAUGAAAAAACACCGCCCCAAGACUUGCCUCUCGGUUCUGAUCCAGGGCCCAGCUUCUGUCCUGAUCCUGGCACUGGGCUACAGAGUAACAAAUGUGAGGCCUACGGAAGCAAGACUCGGAACUCCCAGACAGUCUGUGAGGCAGACCCACCGAAAGAAUUUUAUUAUAGAUAUGAUACUCCAGGACAAGAUGACUUAAAUCACAGUGGAGGAUAUACCUUUGUCCAGUCUCACUUCUUACAUGAAAAUAAAAUCUCUGCAUCUUCUUGUUCAAAAGCAAAAUGGAUCUGCUAUUGGGGAGUGAAUUCAGACCCUGGUCAAGAUGAGCGUGAUCCUGCGGCAGGAAAACAUCUGAAGACUUACCUGACCUCGACCUCAGACCUUACAACAACGUCACCCCACCUCCACUUCCUCGGGAUUCCUAGAAUCCAGUCCUUAUGUUCCAGUAGCAUGGAAGAAAUGGAUUCUAAGAUUUUAAACUCGCCUUUGGAUCAAGCCUUAAGGACAACCACCAAACUGAAGAAAGCCACCGACCAAAUGAUUAAAUCCAUUGCAGAAGACCUCACCAAAGCACAGCGAUGGAGACACCAGCUAAGACACUACUAACUCAAUCCGGGGCAGCCAAGGGUUAAAAUGUUUGGUCUUCUCCAAAAUAUUUUACUUAUGAGAUAAUGUAGGAAGAUGGUUUUCUAGAGAAAACACUAAAACUUUAAGAAAUGAAUUACACGAAGUACUUAAAUGAAAAAAAAAAAAAGCAAAAUAAUCUGUGUUUAUGUGUAAAUAAAUCUAUCUUCUUCCUAAUUCAUAAUAAAAUAAAAACAAUAAAAUGAA